AUGAAGGCUCUCAAGGUAAUCAAAGCUGGGGAGCUUACCGCACAAGAAGUAAACGUUCCAAAACUCCGCCUUGGCUUUUGUCUUGUCCAAGUCAAAGCCGUCGCGCUCAAUCCUACAGACUUCAAACAUCUGCACGGCAUCGAAUGCACUGGCUGUACUCUGGGGUGCGACUAUGCCGGCAUUGUGGAGGAAGUAGGAGCAGACUCGAUCCUCAAGAGAGGUGACCGCGUUGCAGGGUUUGUUCACGGGGGCAACAUUGCGCACCCCGAAGAUGGAACGUUUGCAGAAUAUGUUCUGGUGAGGGAGGGUCUCCAGUGCAUCAUUCCGGAAGGCAUGCGCUUCGAGGAGGCGGCGAGUCUCGGGGUUGCCAUCACUACAGUUGGCAUGGCAUUGUGUCAGAGCCUCAAGCUUCCUCUGCCGAUCGAGACAUGCUCGCAGAACCUAUGGGUGUUGAUCUACGGUGGUAGCACCGCUACCGGUACGGUGGCUAUUCAGACUGCGAAGCUCGCCGGUCUCAACGUCAUCACGACCUGCAGCCCCUCGAACUUUGCACUUGUAAAGUCACUGGGAGCUUCUGCUGCAUUCGACUAUCGAGACGUUGACUGUGGCGAGGCGAUCCAUGCAUACACUCAAGGAAGUAUGCAUCACGCCUUUGACUGCAUCUCAGAUGACGCGUCUGCGGUAGUGUGCGCUAAAGCGCUCGCUCAAAGCACGUCGUCACAGCCAUCAAGAUACUGCUCGACGUUGCCUGUACAAUGCCCGCGCGAGGAUGUGGUAUCGAACUUCGUCCUAGCCUACACCGCGACUGGAGAAGCUUUCCACAAAUUCAUAGACUUCCCAGCCAAUCUUGAGGACUACGAGUUCGCAAGGAAUUUCUUUGGGGUCUUCCAGCAGCUUUUGGAUGAGGGGAAAGUACAGCAUCAUCCUGUGGAAGUGCGAGAAGGCGGACUGGAGGGAGUGCCGACGGGCCUGGAGGAUUUGAAGGAAGGAAGGGUCAGCGCGAAGAAGCUUGUCUAUCGUAUCUCAUAG